AUGGUCUUGCGCUUCGCUAGGUGCGCCGACUUGCCAAUCAUCUCCGAGAUCUUCGCGCUUGGGUUCCACGACGAGGAGGUCGUUGGUCCCCUCCUUCACCCUUACCGCGACCGACAUCCCAAAGACUACUUCAACUACUGGAGACGACGAUGUCGUGAGAGAUACUGGGAUUACAGCAGGGUGUUCCUGGUCAGCUCCGAGAAAGAUGUUACAACUGGAAGCGAAGUCGUGGUGGGAGUAGCAGAGUGGCAACGAGUCGGUUUCGGAUGGGACAGGUUUGGGGGUCUAGGAGGCUUUUGGGAUCUACGGAAGCUGAUCCGACCCCUCAUCUCCGCAUUCCACCGAAUCUUGUCCCUUUGGAGCCCAAAUCGUGCGGCUGCUCAGGUUGAUCCGUCCGACCCAUUUCCACUAACCCCGACCACUAUGGAACGCAGCCUCUGGCCUUUCGUCUCUUAUUGCUACCUUUCGCCACCUCACAGACAGACUCGAUGGUCACUCGAAUGCAUCUCUGUACUACCAGAGUAUCGCAAAAGUGGCCAUGGUCGCGACUUGGUGGCCUGGGGUCUGGAACGCGCACGAGAAGAGGGAAUUCCGGCCAGUGUCAUGGGCGCUGCAGACAAGGAGAGGUUCUAUCAACGGUGUGGCUUUACAGAGAUUGCAGGCUGGGCAAAUGAUGGCAUUGACGAUCAGGGGAGAGUCAAUCCGCUGAAAGGACGGAUCAAAGGAGGAUGUAUUCUGUAUACACGGGUGCAGGAAGAUGACGAGUGGGAGAGGAAUCAUCCCCAAAACGAAUGA